UGCUGGAUUUGUCGCUGAACUGGGUGGCUGCUCUUCUCCAGGAGGAGGUCCGCCCGCGCCUCGGAGCUCUGCUCUCCUUCGGCGGAAUCGCCAGCCCGCGUCUCCUCGUCCUUCCUUCUUUCCUUCCUCGCUCGCUCGCUCGGUGCUUUUGAUUCCGUUCCUCUCCUGGGGCGCCAAGCGACCUCCUCACCUGUGUGUUCCAGAUGGCUUCCGUAACAGAUGCCAGAUAUGGACACAGGGAUGCUUCGGACCAGAACUUCGAUUAUAUGUUCAAACUCCUGAUCAUUGGCAACAGCAGUGUGGGAAAGACUUCCUUCCUCUUCAGAUACGCUGAUGACACUUUCACACCAGCCUUUGUCAGUACAGUGGGAAUUGAUUUCAAAGUGAAAACUGUUUACAGGAAUGAUAAGAGGGUAAAACUUCAGAUUUGGGACACCGCUGGACAAGAACGGUACAGAACUAUUACUACUGCCUACUACCGAGGAGCAAUGGGAUUCAUUCUUAUGUAUGAUAUUACUUGUGAAGAAUCUUUUAAUGCUGUCCAGGAUUGGGCCACGCAAAUAAAGACCUACUCCUGGGAUAAUGCCCAAGUCAUUCUGGUCGGGAACAAGUGCGAUAUGGAGGAUGAGAGAGUGAUUCCUUUUGAAAAAGGGAAACAUCUGGCUGAUCAGUUGGGGUUUGAUUAUUUUGAAGCUAGUGCCAAGGAGAACAUCAACGUGAGACAGGUCUUUGAGCGCCUUGUCGACAUCAUCUGUGAGAAGAUGUCAGAGGGUGUGGAGUCAGAGGCUGCUAGGACUACAGCUGGGAAAAACGUCCACCUCACAUACAACCCACCACCACUGCAGCAGAAGUGCUCCUGUUAGUGUACCAAAACCUCCAUGUAAGCAGUUGAGGGGUGGAAUACUCUGUACUUUCACAUACUGUCUUUAAAAAGAUCUGCUUCAGUACCAGUGGAGCUGGAUAUGUUUGUUCAAUGUCUGCCAAAGUCAGCUAUCUAUUUUACUCAAUGAAUAGUAUAAUGUUGCAAACACAGCUAAUGGUACAGUGAAGAGUUAUACCAAGGUUUAAAUAUUUUGUAUAGCCUCAUAUAUUUCUGGAGAGUUCUUGAUGUUACUGUAAUUUUGCUGCUAGCCAGGUAAUUAUGACCUAGGCACACUUCUUUAUCUGCUAAUUAGAAGUCAUUGUUAAGACUUAGCUGUGUUUCCGUUUUGUUAUUGUUUUUUAAAUAAACAACAGCAGUUUGAUUACCUGACAUACAAUAAUUUAGAUUAGCAUUUUCCAUUUGGUGCUCAGUCACUCCAGGUCAUCCAGAUUAGCACUGGUAGGAGAAAAGUAAAAGCUGGCAAGGCAAAGAUGCGUAUUUAAUGCAUGUAAGGAAACAGAAGGACAAUUUAUAAUAAACUUCCAAACUUAAAUCACUCCUAUGAAACUUUAUACAGUAUUUUCAACUCAGGGGUACAACUGCUGCAUUUCAUAGCAGACAAGCAUCUGUGAUACAGUUAGCAUAUUUUCCUCAUUCUGUUAGCCCCGUUUCAUCCUCUCUGUAACCUACAGGGUGCUCUCUUUUCUUGUUCUGCAUCACCAUUUGUUUUUCCAUGGUCCCCCGCCUCUUAUUUUUCCUUGCAUACUGCAAAGCACACAUACUCGUCUGUCUCUGUACAACCACAAAUUCACAGCUUUUGUUUCUAUUUCUUCUUCUUCUUUUCUUUAGCAUUUUUUUUUUUGGUUCUCUUGUCUCUCCUGCACUUUCCCCUCCCAAAUGUAAUGCUCUUUUCCGUAUUUGGAAAACAUGGAAAACCUACGCCAAGGCUUUCCCUCUCCCAAAAGCUAACAGACUGAGGAAGUGUGUGAUGUCGCAUAGCUGAGUGCAACAGGGUCAGGGAAGGUGGUGCUGACUCUGCCAUAUGCUUCUGAAUCAUAGAAUAGUGAAGUUAGAAGGAGCCUAUAAGUGCAUCAAGUCCAACCCCCUGCUCAAUGCAGGA